UUUCUUUUGAAAUUUUCUUUUUUGUCAUUAUUUAACUCUACAAUGUAUACUAAGCAAAAACUAGCAUAAAUUUUAUUUGGUUGGCAUGUCCCAGGUAUGUUCAUUUGCAUUCAUCUUGACUUGUUUAGCAAGCAAAAACUAGCUAAAGUAGCUCAGCCAUUGAUAGGACGGCUGUGAAAUUCCUUUCUCUCGCAUACGCUCUCUUUUUCGCAUCUAUGUUUUUGGAAAAACUUCUGUCUGGAGGCAGUUUUGCCCUUUUCAUAGUUCUUCUAUUUCAAGUUCCUUGUAACGCCCAAAUAAAUCAUACCUGUGAAAACCCUUCUUCUUGCGGAAAUCUCGUUAGCAUUGCCUACCCUUUCCGACUAAAAGGUGAUCCAUCAAACUGUGGUGAUCCUAACUAUGAACUAACUUGUGAACAUGAUCGAGCCUUUAUGAAUUUGUACUCGGGAAAGUACUAUGUAAAGUCCAUCAAUUACGAUAAUUCAACAAUUCGACUCGCUGAUGUUGGUGUGCAGGACGGAAAUUGUUCGUCCCUUCCUCUGUAUCCUUUAAACUAUUACAACUUCAGUUUUGACCCUCAGUAUUGGCCACCAUAUGACCUAACUGAUCUUAUAAUGUUCCUGAGUUGCAAAGCUAGAGUGAAUUCGGAACUCUAUAUCGAUGCUUCAUCUUGUCUUGAUGGAAACGGUCACCAAUAUGCUCUAGUUGGCAAUAGGAAGGCUUCAGAUGUGGAAGAUGAAUGUUCCGUAAAUUUAAUUGUAAUGGCUAGGAGUAGGACAACUUCACAAACUAUUUUUAGUAACCUUUCGUUUAUGGAUGUCCAUAAUAAUCUGUUGUUUGGUUUUGAUCUUUCAUGGUCUCCAAUUAUCUGUGAAGAUUGCCAAGGCCAAGGGUAUUGCAUGUUUGAUCAAGCCACCAAUGUUGUUGAAUGCGCUAAUCCCUGCAAUUUGGACCACAUUUCAUCUUUCAGUUGCGCCAUGGAGCUUUUUGUAUAUUCUAUUCUACCCGAUUUGGUUUAUUAUGGAGUCUCUGUGAUUGUAUUAAUUUUAGGUGCCAAAACUAUUUUUGGGGCUCCAUUUGUCUUCAUAUUUCUGAUAUACAAAUGGAGAAGAAGACAUUUAUCAGUGUUCGACUCGGUUGAAGAGUUUCUUCGAAGUCAAAACAAUCUCAUGCCAGUAAGGUACUCCUACUCAAAACUUAGGAAGAUGACUAAUGAUUUCAAAGAAAAAUUGGGUGAAGGAGGCUAUGGUUCUGUAUACAAAGGAAAGCUUCGGAGUGGCAACCUUGUUGCAGUCAAGAUAUUGGGAAAAUAUAAUGCGAACGGGCAAGAAUUCAUCAAUGAAGUUGCUACCAUAGGAAGGAUUUAUCAUGUUAAUAUUGUCCGACUUAUUGGCUUUUGUGCCGAUGGUUCUAAACGAGCUCUAGUGUAUGAUUUCAUGCCUAAUGGCUCCCUUGAAAAACACACUCUUUCUCAAGAAAACCGUACCUCUUUGAGCUGGGACAGAAUGUUUGAGAUUUCUCUUGGAGUGGCCCGUGGUAUUGAAUACUUGCAUCGAGGCUGCGAUAUGCAAAUCCUUCAUUUCGAUAUUAAACCUCAUAACAUACUUCUUGAUGAGAAUUUCACUCCAAAAGUUUCAGAUUUUGGACUCGCUAAACUGUAUCCAACUAAUGACAUGGUGGUGUCUAUGACAGCAGCAAGAGGAACAAUCGGAUACAUAGCACCGGAGUUGUUCUACAAAAAUAUUGGAGGCGUUUCUUAUAAAGCUGAUGUUUAUAGUUUUGGAAUGCUGCUAAUGGAGAUGACGGGUAACAGGAAGAACAAUAUCGUAACAGGAAAUUCAAGCCAAAGUUAUUUUCCCUUUUGUGUUUAUGACCAAAUUCUUCAUGGGAUGGAAAUUAAUAUUGAAGAUACCACAGAAGAUGAAAACAAAAUUGUAAAAAAGAUGGUUGUGGUAGCAUUGUGGUGUAUACAAUUUAAUCCCAUGGACCGUCCUUCGAUGACUGAAGUAGUGAAGAUGCUUGAAGGAGAAUCAGAGAGCAUACAACUUCCUCCGAGGCUUUUCCUAUAUCCUGAAGAAACAUUGGUGAGGGAAACUACACCUUGGUCAUUGUCUGGAUCAAUUAAGUCAACAAGUUUGAUUGGUUAUGAAAUGUAGUGUAUCGGUACAAUUUGCCCAUUGUAAUUGAUGGAUUGGAAAUUAAUAAAAGAAUCUCUUUCUCUCCAUAAAUUCUGUUUA